AUGGUCCACGUCGCCACCGCCCUCAUCGCCGUCCUGGCCGCCACCAGCUCCGCCUCCAUCGUGGCGCGCAACGCCGACGACAGCGUGGUCCUCGCGCGCGACGGCGACGUCUACGUGUGCAGCCGCGACGCGGGCCACUGCGAGGGGCCCCAGGUCGUGUGCGGCGCGCCGGCCAAGCGCGACUGCGAGGCGGUCCUCGCGGCGCGCGGCAUCGACGCCGCCAACGUCAUCUCCAUCGCCGCCCGCUGCCGCGACGGCAGCUGCACGCACCCCUAUGCUUAA